GAAUACGGCCUAUUAAAUUAGUGUUUACUGGUAUACUGUACACUGCGCAUGCCCGAAACAACGAAUUUUACUUUCGGUUUCACGUGUUUCCUGGUAAAUACUUUCUUUUCCGAAAAUUAUGGCGACUGGUGGAAAAUCUCAGACCGACGCAUCAGAUGUUAUACACGAUUUUCCUUGCUUUCCGUGCUCUGAGGAAGAUAAGAAUACCGAAGCGUUUUAUGAGUGCGUCGACUGCCACACCCAUUACUGCCAAAGAUGUAUGGAUGGCCACAACAGGUUCGUCAAGAACCAUACCAUACUGGACAAGCAUGCGAUGAAAUCUGGAAGAAGUCAAAGACGACAAUCGCCACACGCUAAUCUGCCAGAAUACACAUGCGACGAGCAUCAUGGGGAAGUGAUAAAAAUGUUCUGCGGGUAUCAUGAUAUCGUGUGCUGCACUGUAUGCAUUGCUGUGAAACACAGGUCAUGUGAAGGAGUGGAAUAUAUACCGAAUAUCGCCAGAAGUAAAGUGACAAGUACAUCAAUACAGACAGGUAAGAACAGUUUGGAGAAAGUAAAGACAUAUUUGCAAGACAUAAACAGCGAAAGAAUUCUCUUACUUCAAGAAAUGAACAAAAAGGAGGACAACACAAUCAAAGAUAUUGAAAAAUUCAAGAAGAGUUUGGUUGACAGGGUUGAAGAGUUGGAGAGAUCUUCAGUUUCCGAGGUAAAAGCCAUGUAUAAGAAAAUCAAGGAGGAUAUUGCCUGUGAUAUUGAAAACAUUAAUCAGAUGUUAGAAGGUAUAAGUCAUAGGCAUAAUAUAACUCUGAAAAAUACGGGUAAUGACGACGAUGUCAAGUUAUUUGUGACUUCAAAGCUGAUGGAAAUGGAAGCAAAGAAAGGCAAAGAUUGCGUUAAUGCAAUUGUCAGAAAAGGAAAGGAAGUGGUGCAUUACGAAAUCAAUACAAGCAUCAAGACAGACCUGAAAGAUGUAAAAUUUCUUGCAAAGUUGAGAGUAUAUAAUGCUGCUCUGUCUGUGAAUAUACUCGACCUCUGUGGAACGUCUGCUCUUUCAUCAUUCACGGAAUCGCUUCAAGCUGAUCUUACAGUUAAUGGAAUAACUUCACAACGUAUAAAGGCUACUGAGCUUGAUGAGAAGUUGUACACAGUUGUAGUAUGUGAUCUGGAGACUUGUCAAGACAGUUUACGUCAAAUAAGAAACAAAAAGUGA